UUUUUCUUUAGAUUUUGCACUGCAUCCAGGCCCCGGCUGCUACACCAUCUAAUCAAGAGACGCCCUCUGCCUGAAACCCACCUCCAGCAACCAUGCAGUUUGCCGAUGCCAAGCUCAGCCGAAGCUCCCUGUUGCUGGCCCUGAGGCGCUACGGCACAGCAGUGAAGAAUAUGGAGCAGACCGUCCUGCUUCCUAGCCUUCUCAGAGAUGUGCCAUACGAUGACGGUUCGGACUGUGAGGGCGCCGACAACAGCAUGGACCUGUACGAGUACUACCUUCUGCUGAAAGCCAUCAAGAACACGGCAGAGAGUGGCCUCAUCCCACAUGACGAUGCCAAAGCCACGAGUCAUGCUGCCCUGCACAAAGGCCUGGAGCCUCUGCUGGAGGCAGAACCUGAAGAGCUUUUCCACUUCCAUCUGCGAGGCCUGUACACAGUCAUGGCAACGCUCACGAAGAAGUCCCAGAACUUGACUGAGAAAUACUUGGACAUCAUCGGGAUCAGUCGUUAGGAUUCAGCACAUAUUGAAAAAAACAUCCAUCUUGGGUUGUUGCAAUUACCUGGAAAGCUGUUUACAUCCUUGUCACUAUCUGUGACAUGCAAUUAAAAUAUUACAAAUGA